UUAAAGGUAGAAAAUUUUUGCCGCUUGAUCGGGAUGUUCUAAUAUGUUAAAUAACUUUGAAUUAACUAUGAAAAUGAGUUAAGUAGUGGUAACUAGUCAUCCGUAAUUAUUUAAUUUAGGGCAAAUUCACGAAAGUUCAGUUAACUGAGAAUGGAAAGAAAUUGAUUAUUUAUGAUGAAUAUCUUUUCUUUUCUAUAAAUGCUUUUUUAAAGUAAUUAUUUAAUAAUUAUUAGAGUUUUGAACUAUAUUUUUUUCAUUCUAUUGAAUUAGAACCCUGUUCUUUAAUAGAAACCAUAUGUUCACGACAUCUUUGAUUUAUAGUUAUAUAGACAAUUAGUAACGUGCGUCGUUUCGAUUCACUUGACUCUCGAGAGUGAAAAAGCGAAAACGUUUUUCUCUUUGCAAUCUCUUUCCAACGUUGAGGGUAUGGAUGUUCAUGUGCUUGUUCAUGAAAUUCAGUUGAAAAUGCAACACCCACACUGUUAUCACUUACAACGUUAAUAUCGUAUUACUGGUAAAAUUAGUUAUAUAUGCUAUUUGACAUUAUAAUGAUACUCUUGUAGAAAAAGAUUUUUAUUUAUCCUGUAGAAACUCAAAGUUUUAAAUAAAUUUUAAAAAAAUUAUUAUUUUCAAUUUAUAUUUAAGGUUUUUAUCAUGAACAAGCUCGACCAGAUCGUGAUGAUUAUGUUCGAGUUAAUUUUUCAAAUAUAAGAGCAGGAGAAGAACAUAAUUUUGAAAAAUAUACAAAUUCGUAUGUUGAUACUCUUGGAACACCAUAUGAUUAUUUAUCAAUUAUGCAUUAUGGUAAAUAUGAUUUCUCAUCAAAUGGUUUUCCAACAAUUGAAUCAAUUAUACCAAACGUUGAUAUUGGAGAAAACGUCAAUCUUAGUACAACUGAUAUUUAUGAAAUUAGAUUAUUUUAUAAUUGUUCAUUAACUGGAAUAACAUUACCUACAACAACAUCAGUUAAUUUAUAUACUAUCAAUACAACAAUAUCUUCAUCAUUAACAAUAAAUAGUUCCAUCUAUGAUCGUUUAGAAGAUUCAAAUUUUGAUUAUCAAUAUUAUUAUGAAUCUUAUGAAAUUCGUACAUCAUCAUCAAAUUAUUAUAUGUUUACAAGUAAUAGUUCAAUAAGUACAUAUGGAUGUUUAUAUUUUAUGAGUUUUCAUCCAAAUUAUCCACGGUCAAAUUUAAUUCAAUCGGACAAUGAGAAUAAAUUAGAUCCACAAUUUCGAUUUACAGCUUAUCUUGAUUCAAAUGAAACAUAUAUAUUAGUUUUUACAUCAUAUUAUCCAUCAAUUAUCGCUAAUUACACAUUGAUUAUAUCUGGAUUAACUUCAAUUAAUAUUAAAAAAUUAAAUAGUACUUCAGCUUCACCACGAAAUAGAACAAGACAAACAACUCUUCCUACGUCAACUGAAAUAAUCUCAUAUGAAUAUAAAUCAAUAUAUUCAAGUGAAUUGACAAAAGAUAGUUUUAAAUUUAAUCGACAAGCAAACUCAGACAUAUAUUAUUACGAAUCAAUAAUAAUAUCAAUCUUGAAAAAUGGUGAUUAUACAUUUCAAAGUUAUACUAAUGAUUCUGUUGAUACUUAUGGAUAUUUAUAUUUAAAAAGUUUUAAUUCUUAUAAUACAUCAGAAAAUCUUCUUAUCUAUGACAAUGAUAGUGGUGGAUUUUCACAAUUUUUCUUCAGAUAUCCCUUACAAAAUUAUAAUAGAUAUAUAUUAGUAGUAACAACAAAUCAUCCAAAUGUAACAACAUCUUUUUCAAUUGUUGUAUCAGGUUCAUCAACUGUCCAUUUUACUAAUAUGAACAAUCCAUCAACAUUAAUAACUCAAACACCUUCAAUAACUCGAAGUUCAUUUUCACAAGUACCUACAACUUCAUCAGUUUCCAAACAACCAAGUAUAAUGUUAUUUCUAUUAUCAUCCAAUAUGUUCUUAAUGAUUAAAUUCAAUUUACAAUUGCCGUAA